AUGCUUCUGUGGAGGGCGAAGGGCGGCGUGCUGGAGCCAUCCAACGCAUUCAGACGUCGGUUGAAUUUAAUUCAUGACGAUGUAAACAUGUCAUCACCGCUAUUGGUGCGCUUGUGUCCCGCUGUCUGCGCCAGAAGGUCUCCUCUUCUGUUUCGAAUUCGUAUGGUCCAAGCGUUGCAGGCGCUUUGGUUUCAGAUUUGGCUGUUUGGCCUGGCUUCGUACAUCCAGGCAACCAGGAGAACUCGCGGACGCUGGGCCCGACAUGCUGACGCUUUCGCAAUUGGCAAAGAUUCUGCAGAAUUGAAAACGGGCGGGCUGAGCGCAUGCCGAAGGCGUACACACAUGCGCACAAUCAAUUGGGUUGUUGUGGUUGUUCCUGGGGAGGUUGUGUUUGUGGUGUGGGCAGUACAAGCCCAUGUUGGGAUUCAGUUUCACGCUACAGACGCAUUGGAGACGUGUUGA